AUCGAUUGUAUAAUAUUAGUAUAUUUUGACGUUUAUUAAUCAAGUAAAUUAUUUACUGUAUGUGGUUGCAUAAAUGAGGCUAUAUACUUCUCAGAGUAAUAUGCCUGCCCUGUAUCAGAGCAGCGCGUGUUGAUGGAAAAUGUUAUUGUUUAACAUGACGUUUGAUUAUUUUAGAAAGAGUAUAUAUCUCAAAAGCAUAUAGUAUUCAGUUGAAAUUGGAAACGUACUUCCCUUUGUGAAUGUGGCGAUUGCGCACUGUGCACACUGGUGCGCUUUUUGGGUUGGAAGACAGACAGGCAGCCAGAGAGACAGCGAGAGAGAUAGAAAGAGAGAGGGGUUUCUCAUACACAGACAUUGCAUUGCAUUGAUGUCUUGGAUGUACUCUGAUUGAGUAGCCUAGUUAAGCGUUUGGGGAAACUAUAAGAAGGCAGAAGCCAUGAAGAAACAACUCCACCAAAUACCCUAAAUACACCAUCAAGGAAUAAUGUCGAUGUAUAAUGGGACUGGAGAAACGGGCGGAAAGGACUAUACCUAUGUACGGGUUUGUGCGUCGACCAUCGCCUUCAUAACAUUGGCAUUCUUCAACAUCGUCAUUAACUGGACUAUACUGCGCGAGGAUCGACUUCGGGGCCAUGCGCGCUUUGUGUUGGUUUUUCACCUGUUGGUGUCCGCUCUGGUGUACUUCGGAAUGUGUUCUGUUUUCUACCUCCAGAUCUACUUCGACGCCAAGCCGGUGGCAUCCAUAUGUGUGGCCAUGAUAACCGUCCUAAUCACCAGCGCGUCCAAUAUCCUUCUGACUCUCACUGCUAUGUCGCUGGACCGUUAUUUUGCUGUCUGCCAUCCUCUGUGGUACAGUUCUGUCUGGCAAUGGCCUUGGCUAGUUGGGCUACUGACAUGGGGACUCGCACUGGUUAUCCCCCUCACUCUGCUCUCCAAGACAGAGAUGCUCGGCAGUGAUACACAUGUGGAAUGUGGAAGGGAACAGCUGAAGAAAGGUGGCCUGGAAAAAAUAUUGUUGAUAUCUGUGUGCACGGCGCUCAUUCUGUACAGUUAUGUAAGGAUACUGUUUGAGGGGCGACGGUUGGGAGUGAUGAAUCGACGCAACAUGGUCGGAUGCAAGACCCUCGCCCUGCACGGUACUCAACUCGCCGUAUACAUCCUCCCCAACUUCAUGAACUUUGUGCUAACAGUUCUCCAGAAACAAGGACAUAUUCAGCCGGAGACCAAAGAACUGUCUGCGGUGGUUAGUUUCGCCUUCUUCAGCUUGGCGCAGUGCGUCGCACCAAUCGUCUACGGGUUGCGUAAAGAGGAACUCAUGGAGCAGGUGCAUCGCCGAUUCCCUUGUUGUUCCCGCCACCUGAAAACCGUCCUGGGCCCGGUUUCCCAAAAUCAUCUUAAGGCUAAUUUCAUAUUAGAGCCCAAAAGCCUAGGUUCUAACGAUGAAUUUAGCCUUAAGAUGCUUUUGAGAAACCGGGCCCUGGAGUGGACCUGGCGUGCCAUAACGCCUUGUCUGCAUUCCCAGUCAAGUGAAAGAAGACUGACGUUCCAGACACUCAUCUCACUGGAGCCCCCACAGACCCCAGUUUGAGGGGACGCCGGGAGCUUAGAAGCCACCGUUCCAGACACUCAUCUCACUGGAGCCCUCACAGACCCCAGUUUGAGGGGACGCCGGGAGCUAAGAAGCCACCGUUCCAGACACUCAUCUCACUGGAGCCCCCACAGACCCCAGUUUGAGGGGACGCCGGGAGCUUAGAAGCCACCGUUCCAGACACUCAUCUGACUGGAGCCCUCACAGACCCCAGUUUGAGGGGACGCCGGGAGCUAAGAAGCCACCGUUCCAGACACUCAUCUCACUGGAGCCCCCACAGACCCCAGUUUGAGGGGACGCCGGGAGCUAAGAAGCCACCGUUCCAGACACUCAUCUCACUGGAGCCCCCACAGACCCCAGUUUGAGGGGAUGCCGGGAGCUAAGAAGCCACCGUUCCCGUAACUUCACUACCCACGAGUACUUCUCCUGUGCUCCAUAGACUGGGCUGAAGACGUUUUGUACCAGCCUGAUACUGCCUUUUAGAUGUCAUUGAGACAACGGUGGAUGGGGGGACAUAGCAACCAGACGAAAGGUGUCGCUCUCACUAUAAACAUUUGAGACGAGUCUCCAUUUUUUUUUGCCAAUGAACAUUCAUACAGUACUUGGUUAUCCAGCAUCUGUACAAAGCUGUGAAAGUGCUUCUGUUCUACCCAGGGUGUCGUGACUUUAUAGGCUUGGGGCAUCACUAUGGACAGACCAGCCUCAGACGACCUGUAAUGCAUUAACUGUACUGUGUCAGAGAGGAGUCAAGCAGGAAUUUGACUUGUAUUACAGUACAAGACCACCUGACCAUCAGAAUUGACUGGAUGUGCAUUGUGCAAUAUAGCCUACUUUGAAGGAGUUGAUUCAUUAAUGAUAAUUGAAGCAGCAAUGUCAGAUUUUUUUGUGUGAGAUAAAGUCAAGACAUCUUUUAUUUGAGAUGAAAAGAUCCCGAUUCAUUCAAACAAGAGCCAGAUUGAACAUUGUUGCCCAUCUUCAUCGCCAUGUGAACCUCAGUGGCAAAUUCUCUGUAAUAAAAGAGCUGAAACUGUGAACAGCACGUGAUAUGGA